AUGUUUCGUCCGGUUAACUCGAAGGAAUCCGGACAGGCAAUGAGUAAUAACAGCAAACCCGACCCUUACAAUCUCGAUGUUCUCUCGGCCAUUCAUCUUUCUUUGCUUAUAUUUGAGCAAUUCUUCUUCUUAAACAGUGGGCUCAUGGCUGUAGGAUUUGCAUUGGAUAUGGCCAAUUACCUGGUACUGAUCGACGAUAACUUCUCACUGUCCUUUUAG